CAAGGUGAAGGUUUACUUGGAAAUGUGUGAGUUGGCGAUGUGGAUGAGAAACCAGCUGUUUACUUUAUAUAUAUGCAAAGAUCAAUAUGAGGUGUGAUCAAGUGGAAUAAGUUGUACCCGACAAACUUAGACAAGACGACUGUCCAAAAUGGACGACAGGGAGUCAUGUUUAUGUGCUGACAUGAAGGGGCGGACAACCAUCUCGUAAUCUGGUCGUUUGAACUGUCACAGCAUCACGCCACCCGACAAAAUUUGUGAAUUCACGUGCCCGCAAGGAGACACAAUCGCGUGGCCAUAAUGGAGGGUCUGCUUUGGAAGUGGACAAAUUACAUGAGUGGCUGGCAGCCAAGGUGGUUUGUGUUGGACAACGGUGUACUGUCUUACUAUAAGUCCCAGGAGGACGUUAUCAAUGGGUGUAAGGGAUCCUUACAGAUGGCCGUCUGUGAUAUAUCAGUACACAGUACCGAUCAUACUAGACUGGACCUGAUCAUUCCACACGAACAGCAUUUUUACAUCAAAGCCUCAUCUCCACAUGAACGUCAAAGAUGGCUGGUCGCUAUGGGAACAUGCAAGGCAUCUUUGACCAAUGGCAGACCAUCUGAGGAAAUGGGUGAAAUAUCUCCAGACAUUGUCCGGACAAAGAAGUCAGAAUUACGACUUUACUGUGAUCUGCUGAUGCAGCAGGUCCACUCCGUGAAGAUUGCUGUCCAUGAAAGUCAGCCUAAUGUCAAGCAGCUGGACGAGGCCACAUCACUCCUUGGUGCUACCUGUGAUACUUUCAUUCAAACUUUGGAUGAUUGCAUGAAAAUUGCGAAUGCCAGCAUUGCUUACGAAACUUCGCCAAAACCAGUACGAGAUGUCCAACUUGUGCUACCUCAGAAACCUCUUAAAAAGGGGGAGAGGCUGUCUACUUCUGGAAGACCGUUAUCAGCAGAAUCAAGAUUUGUUAAAACUUCACCACUUCCAAGGGACAGUUUGCCAUCUUUUCAAAAAAACUCGAAUCGCAGACGAACAGCUUCAGAAAACUCUUACUCAGACCAGUCUUUGUCCGACCACUCAAUAGAUGCAAACCGUGACCAGAUAGAUAAUGAUAGAAAUUUAAGUGGGAGACUUCCUGUUACAAUGGAAACUGAUUCGCUCAGUAAAUUGUUAACUUCUGUUAGUCCGCAUUCCAGAGUGUCAAAAACUAAUGUGGAUUCCAGCUUGGAUUAUGGUUUUAAAAAAAUGGAAAAUGGUGUAUCAUCCCUGGAGAACUCCAGUGGGAAGUCAAUAUCCUCUACAAGUAUAAACAGUGAAGAAGAAUUCAAAGAUGCCAUAGAUGCAAAAAUUCCUACAUUUUUUUCCAUCAUGAAUCCAAGCUUUAUGGAUAUAAAGUUUGAAGAUGAUGGAGGAAUUCCUGUUGAACCCUUCCUGAGGAGCUGUCGAUCACUUGUGCCUAUAUUUGACAAGUUCAAUGCUACAACAUUUGCUCCGGUGAAGAUGGAUUUUCAGGGAAAUAUACGUAAAAUGCAACAAAAGUAUUCUACAAAUCCAAGCGAGUUCUGUACACUACAACGUAUGGUGUUAUUUGAGAUACAGUCUCAACAACACCACCUGUCCAGCUCAGCCACUGUAGCACUGCUGUGGAUGAAAAGGGGCCUGGAGUUCAUCAGGGAGAUAUUUCGGGAGAUGGUUGAUGGACAGCCAGACCUUUGUCUAGCAGUCAACAAUGCCUACAGCCGGACACUCAAACCAUUCCAUGGAUGGGUAGUGCGGGGCGUUUUUGCUGUGGCAGUGAAGGCUCUACCAUACAAGUCAGUCUUCAUCACACAGCUCAGUGCACCAGGACAUACAGGUGAGGGGUCGCUCUUCAUCCAGUCUCUAAUGGCCGACCUCGAAAACUACUGUGCUGCACUGGAUGAAGUGCUCCGGAUCCUGAAGGACUUUUACAAAUCACAUUCUCUUGACAACGAUGAACAAAUUUGAUUGGUUUAUUUUACUCUUGUUACAGAGCUUGUCACAAAUUAUCGAAUUCAGGAUAUGGUAUUUUCUGUUAACAUUUUAAAGUACUUAGUGUACAUGUUGUAUUUGUGUUAAAAUGAAGAUGUAAUCCUCAAUCUGCCUGACAAAAAUAUCUAUUCUAACACUACUUGGAUGUACACACAUUAAAAUACUUAUACCAGGAAACUUUUAUUCACUGAAAAAACAUUAGAAUUUGUCCCCAGCAAUAUUUGAGAUGUUAACAGUUGGAAUAGAGAAACUUUUGCUACAUCGUUCUUCUUGCCCACUUCCUUAUGAGAGAAAAGGGCAAAAAUUAAAUGUUUGGGAAAUUUUUCCCAUAUACUUCUGGUAAAUUCAGAAAAAUACAAGUAAAAAUGAAAAAAAGUUGCCUGCCAGUUGAAAUAAGUAAACAUAUUAAUUUGAUAAUCUAGUGGCAAUUUUUAAAAUCAAAUCCAAAAGCUAAAAAAAUCUAUUAAGAAAUUUGUAUAGGGGCAAGAGGCAUAUCCCAAUAUAUAAAAAAGGCACUUUUUUCAUGAGUUAUUGUGAAAUUAGAAUUUAUCAGAAAUAGAUGUGAGAGAGAUCAUUGUGUUGUGAAGUUAAAUUGAGGGCAUUAGAUUGGUAAAAGCUGACAAUUGUCGCAGAAUUUCAUAAAAAAAAUAUUUGCCUACAUUUUAUUAUUUUGAUAAAACAACAACAACCUCAUUUUUCCAUUUCCUGCAAUAUUUAUGUUUUUUUUUUUCAAUUUUGCUUCUUACAAAAUCAGCCCACUUAAAUGAAAACUUGAUAAAGCUCGUGUUUGAGAUGAAAACAAAUUAUCUGUCUUAAAAUAUGAACUUUCCAGCAUUUGUAAAACUACAUUAGAUAAUAUACAUGUAUUUUAAAAGAAUGUUGAGUAAUUAGUGACUGGUUCUGAGAUUGUUCUUACAUUAGGGACCAUUUUACUUCCCAUUAGACCGACAUUCAUAACUUAAUUCAGAGGUUUUAUUUAAUAUGUAGACAUGGAAUCCGGAUGACACAUCUUCCUCUCAUUAAGUUCCAGGUUAAUUGUCAUUAAAUUCCGAUAAUUUGUCAUUAAGUUCCAGGUUAAUUGUCAUUAAGUUCCAGGUUAAUUGUCAUUAAAUUCCAGGUUAAUUGUCAUUAAGUUCCAGGUUAAUUGUCAUUAAAUUCCAGGUUAAGUUCCAGGUUAUUCAUAGUUUAAUGUGAAACAGAUUUAAUUCAAUAUAAUUAAAAUGAUUGUUCAGGACUGCUGUGCAAAUAUCUAUUUUUUUUUGCCUCAUACUUUUUGCUAAAAACUUCAAAAAAAUAUUGAACUCAUAAAAGACAACCCUUACAUUACACACAUUAUUUACAGUUGUAUUCCAAAUAUUUCUGAUUAUCUAUCUGCGGUCGUUUUUUAUGACUAAGACAAAGAUAAAAGAUAAACCUCUUUGGUCCAGUCCUUUGAGUUAAGAAUAUAAAAACUUUAUUUUAUAACAUUUGCUACACAAGUAAUGUCAACUGAUGAUAUAAAUCAUUCGGCCCUGAUAUGGUAGGGAGCAGGGGGUCUUAGUGUGGGAGGCAACUGGAGUACCCAAUUGGUCACACAUUUGAGUUUUCUUGACAUGGUACACAAUAUACCGGGGUAAUGUAAUCUUUAGAAUUAAGCUACAAUUUGCAUCUUUUAUUAGGUCACCUGAGACAAAGUAAGGUUGUGGCUUAGUAAGAUAUUUCCAUGUUAAUAUUGUUUAAGGAUUUUAUUGGCAAUUUUCUUUCUAUGAUGGUAGCAACAUACUACUUAAAUGUCUGUAAAAUCAUUUUCCUAGCUCCUACCAUGAAUUCUUUGAGGAUCUUAACUUUUAACAUUUUUUUUUAUAAAUUAUUAUUUGAGCUGUACUUAAUAACAGUAUGCUAACUAUGCUUUCUAAUGCCAUGUAGUGUGCUACAGAAAAAAACAUCAUUGUAGAAUUAAAGUUCAGACUGAUUUUCUGAUUUAUUUUUAAGACAUAAGGGAAAUCGAUUCCAACACAUGGCUUGCUACUUAGGUAAGUGUGAUAGGUCCUCAUUCAGAUGUAUGUGUGUAGUAUGAUGUACAUUGUACAGUGAUAUACUGUAACACUUAUUGAAGUCUUGUAUUACUGGUUCUUAAGUUUCAUUUGUUUGGGAAUAUCACAUUAUAUUACUACCAUAUUGUACCCCAGACUGUAGGAACAGAUUAUAUUACUACAGUAUUGUACCCCAGACUGUAGGAACAGAUUAUAUUACUACCGUAUUGUACCCCACACUGUAGGAACAGAUUAUAUUACUACCAUAUUGUACCCCACACUGUAGGAACAGAUUAUAUUACUACCGUAUUGUACCCCACACUGUAGGAACAGAUUAUAUUACUACCAUAUUGUACCCCUCACUGUAGGAACAGAUUAUAUUACAACCAUAUUGUACCCCUCACUGUCGGAACAGAUUAUAUUACUACCGUAUUGUACCCCUCACUGUCGGAACAGAUUAUAUUACUACCGUAUUGUACCCCACACUGUAGGAACAGAUUAUAUUACUACCAUAUUGUACCCCACACUGUAGGAACAGAUUAUAUUACUACCAUAUUGUACCCCACACUGUAGGAACAGAUUAUAUUACUACCGUAAUGUACCCCACACUGUUGGAACAGAUUAUAUUACUACCAUAUUGUACCCCUCACUGUAGGAACAGAUUAUAUUACUACCGUAUUGUACCCCACACUGUAGGAACAGAUUAUAUUACUACCAUAUUGUACCCCACACUGUAGGAACACAUUAUAUUACUACCGUAAUGUACCCCACACUGUUGGAACAGAUUAUAUUACUACCAUAUUGUACCCCUCACUGUAGGAACAGAUUAUAUUACUACCGUAUUGUACCCCACACUGUAGGAACAGAUUAUAUUACUACCAUAUUGUACCCCACACUGUAGGAACACAUUAUAUUACUACCAUAUUGUACCCCACACUGUAGGAACAGAUUAUAUUACUACCGUAUUGUACCCCACACUGUAGGAACAGAUUAUAUUACUACCGUAUUGUACCCCACACUGUAGGAACAGAUUAUAUUGCUAAACAUAUUGUACCCCACACUGUAGGAACAGAUUAUAUUACUACCGUAUUGUACCCCACACUGUAGGAACAGAUUAUAUUACUACCGUAUUGUACCCCACACUGUCGGAACAGAUUAUAUUACUACCAUAUUGUACCCCACACUGUCGGAACAGAUUAUAUUACUACCGUAUUGUACGUACCCGACACUGUCGGAACAGAUUAUAUUACUACCGUAUUGUACCCCACACUGUAGGAACAGAUUAUAUUGCUAAACAUAUUGUACCCCACACUGUAGGAACAGAUUAUAUUACCAGACCUGCCAACUACUACUAUUUUAUAGUAAUCUUUACUAUUUUGUGGUGGUCGUUACUCUUUUUUCUCUUGAAAUAGUAGCAAAUUACUCUUUUUGAUGCAAUAGAUUUGGCAAGAAUUGUUAAGAAUUACUCUUUUUUUGCU